AGUUGCUCACGAACUCAGCAAAAGUUCACGAAAGUUCACGAGAGCAUAGUUCUCACGCAAUACGGAAGCGUUGCGUUUAUCGCCAUCACGUUAAUCUAGUGAUGUCCGUUAGUCAAGAUGAAGUGGGGGUUGCACUUAAAGCCAUUUUAGCCGCCUGUUAUUCUUGUUUAGGUGGUUCUGUCAGAUAAGUGUAUUGACUUGAAAUACUGUCACGCGAGCCGCAAUGACUCAUUCUUGCCGCCAAAAGCUCGCGCUCUAGUAAAGUACCUCAGCACUUACUGUUGUAUAACCUGAAACUGAGAAUGAGUGGAAGUGGGACGCAGUCUUUGUUUUUCCUCAAUCUUCCUGACCUGAGGAAUUUAUUUUGUGUAAAUCUGUUCUUCCCGAACAGUUACGAUGAAGCAGAGUUGAGAGACAAACAAGUGAAAACCUGCAGGGAGCUUGUUCUCUUGCAUUCAGACAUUGUUGCUUCUCCUGUGUUGGGCCAAUUUGGGGGCAUCACUGUUAUUAUGACUAUUGCAUUUUACAAGAGCGGUAUCAUCCAGGAUUUUGCACAGAAACAUGGUCUACAGAAAAAGAUUUCCUCAGUGACUCUGGAAAACUCAAUGCGGUUGGUAGUGCUUGAGCUGAGUAUCACUGAGACUCAAUUGUGUGUCAGUGUGGAAGCCAACACAGUCAGACUUCCUCCAGCUGUGAUACAUGAUUUUGAUAUUCCUGCUCCUGUGGUGAAAAAGUUCCUCCACACUAAUGAUGUUGUGCUGGAUACACUCAUGCCAAAUAAUUGGUGCCACGUUCUGCCAAGUAUGAAGAAAGGCCAAAUCAUUAGCAUCAGUCGCAGGAUUCCACAGGAAAGCCCAUUCCAAUCUUACAUGGAGUUUCAAAAGCACUGGAACAACAUGUAUGGAUAUCAGCUGCCCUCAGUAAGUGAAGAGGAAGUCGUCUACUGCAGUGUGUACUUUAAACCAAUAGGUGAAAAGCUGUUCACAUAUCCAUUGUGCUGCAUCCGCAUUCAACCGGUACAGUGCUUUCCCAGAGUGGACCUGCAGGGGGUGCUGGGAACCUUCGUAUCAGAUCUGCAGGCCGGACUGGAGAAUGUGUGCGGUUUUUCAGUGCGGAUGACCUCCAAGCCUUGCUACUACAGCUAUGAACUGAACAGACCAGACACUCAGUGCUUUGGGCCGCUGGCUGCAAACGUGACAACCGUAAACAGCAGCAGAGCUGUGCUGAACCAGCUUCCCAGCAGCUGCCCAUGGGACGCAGCGCAACACCGCUACAGUCAGUGUGACUCAACUGGAAAACAGACUGAAAAGAAAAAGAGAUUCAGUUUGGAUUUGUCUUUUGACCAGAAAGGCUGGACAUCCUCCAACUUGGCAACUCAGUCCUCUUCCUCUCCCACUAAUGUUCAUUUUACUCAAAUCCAGUCACAAUCUGCACUUCCAAGACCAAAGCUUGUGCCAAUCUUCAAAAACAAAUCCAACACCCACCAUGGGAACAUGACUGAGAUGCUUGCAGCGAAGCGGCAGCAGGGGUCGGAUUGGCAGAAGCUAACGGCGGUUAUGAGGCCUCUGUCAUCUACUUGUCUGUCAUCAUCUUCCAAACCCCACUACUCCACACCACCAGCCUCUUCUAAGCAGUUCCCCAGGCCUCCAGCCCCGGAGCGGAUGACUUUACCUUUUUCUAAAAGCACAGAAAAGACCAACAGCGGAGUCGAUGCGAUUAACCCUCCUCUGCCUUCAGUACAGACGCAGCCCCACAUCAUGCCUGAGAUCCCCAGCAAUAGAGGAGGAGACACGUUUGAGUCAAAACGAAAGAGGCUGAAACAGAGUGUGCAGAAUGUGGAGGUAUACGCAACAAGCAGUCAGCUCUCUAAGGUCAGCUCGGUGGCUCUGCAGGCAUGGUUGAAGAGUCGAGGGAUCAAUGUGCGCUCAAAGGAUAAGAAAGAGGAGCUGGUGUCAAAGGUCAUGAAAUGUCUGAGUGAAACCUAGGUGUGUUGGGUUCGGUUACUCGCUUAAAAAACACACACUAUAGAGACUUUCCAUACUGAGUUUUUGUUUGUUCCAUUGACAAACUCUGUUAACAGUUCAAUGCGUUUGCUACGAGUUACAACAUAUUCGUUGCACAUGACAUUUCAGCCUUUUUUUUUCUCAAGCAAGACCUUGUAAGCUAAAAUCUGUUGUUUAAUUGGAUCCAGAGUUUGGAAAGAGCUACAGAUAAAGAAAAAAAACAUGUCUUUCUUUGUGUAGUAGUCCUUUUUUCUUAACUCGAUGGUCAUUUGUCCGUCAUCAAACUUAACCUGUUACGUUUAGUUAAACUCUGCUCUGACUUUAAUCAAGACUUUGCAAAAGAAAAGGAAAGCAUUAACUUUGUCUCAGAUGUUUCUCCUAAAAUUAUUUAGAAGUAAACUCGGACACAAAUGAGACAAUUACUGACAUGCAGUAAGAAGAGAUAUAUAUAUAUAUAUAUAUAAUUCAUGGAAAUAGCAGCUCAGGAAUUUAAUAAGUUUAUCUUGAAAUCUCUUCUUUUGAUUGCAGACAUCAGUAUUUUGUUAAUCUCAGAAGAAAUGAUAAAAGAUCUAGAUGAGCCAUGUGAGAUUACUUUUGUGACAGGAUAAAAAUUCAAUUUUUAAUUUUGUUUCUAGCAUGUUUUCUCAGCGAUCUUGCCUGACAUACAGAAUUUCAGUUGGCAAUAAUGAACUUCAACAGUGAUGCAAGGUGACUUCUCAACCUUAAUGACACCACAGACUCCAAAGAAGAGUCAGAGGCUCUUGACUGAGAUGGAAAUCAGGCCCAGCCACUUUGAUGGCUAAUGAUAGGGGCCACAUUACGCUGAUUUCUGUAUCUUAAAAGAGCAAGAUCAUUCUUGUCUCUACUGCCCUUUAUACUGACAGAGCUUAAUGACCCAUACACAUCUGACUUGAAAAGCUUUGCAGUAUGUAGGAGGUCAUGCAGAAGCAAGAAUGCACUUCUGCGGGGCAAAUAUGGUCAGGCUUGAAAAAGUGAUGUGCAUUUUGCACAUCAAAGAUUUGAAUGUGAAACAGACUUGCUACCCACCACGCUGUGACUAACAGGUGACUGUUGUUCAUUACCGUAACGGCUUCUAAUAUCAGCACGUUUAAUUGGCGUAUAGCUAUAGUUUAUCGCGGUGAACAGGGGUUAGUUGAUUUAUAGACUCUUAGUUUAAGUCUUCAACCUCAUGCCACAGAUAAAGAAAAACGUUCCUUGAAAAUGGUUCCCACGCUUUGCAGAUUCAGGCCUUUUUUUGGUCUGCAUCAGCACAUGCAGCGAUUGAUAGAUGAUAUGUUUGAUGUAUUGCAGUCGAUGGUGCUUUUAAAACACUGUCUAAAUCAUUCUGUCAUAUUUAAUCUCAGAGACAAUUAAUUUAUUCAUAUGCGGUUGCUCUUCUGUUAUUUGUCGUUCAUUUACUGACAUCAGAGCACCCAUGAAUGCACUUUUGUUAAAGUGCCAGUCGCUACAAGGCACGGUAAAAAUUCCCGCUCCUGCGUGCCGCUUCAUGCUCUCAUCUCACAGUACAGGCCUCAGGACUCCUCCACUGCUCGGAUUUAGACUGUUUACCUGAGUUCUGACCUGCCAGACUAUACUUACAACCAGAUUAAUAUACAGAGUCAAGGAGUCUGCUGCUGUAAUUUAUGAGCUUCUACAAAUGAAGCAUUGAAGUACCAUAUUAAAUGCUGGAUUGACUAAGCAAUGAUGGGAUAUUUAUUUGCAGUUAACCCAAAUUACUUUUAGAAUUUUUUUAUAUUUCUUUGAACUAUGAAAAGGAGUUACAUUUGGUCUACCAGGCUAAGCAGUCAGCAAGAAGUAUGUGGGAAGACUGUAUUUACUCUUUCACUCUUUUGCAAUUCCCAGUAUUAUGAUUCAGUCGUGAUAACAACAUCACAUUAAUCCACAAGUAAUCCACACGACUCCAGUCCAUCAAUGAAUGUCUUGAGAAGAGAAAAGUUGCAUGUUUGUAAAAAAAAAAAAAAAAAAAAUCCAUCAAGACGUUUUAACUUUAAACUGUUGCUACCUGCCAUAAUCCAUUGGUUUCUCAAAUGAACAAGUUAUCUCCUCUGAAUCAGGAGAGAAAUAUGCAUAGAUCAAGCAACGUUUACAAAUGAAAACAGUCCAGAAAAGUUUCAAACAGAUAUGUGGGUGGAUUUUGAUGUGAGAGACAAUAGCAGAUGGACUUACUCAAUGGAGGAAGCGUUAUUAUGGAUUAUGGAUUUGUAUUUUGGCCAGAAGCGACAGUUUAAAGUUAAAACGCAUUAGUUAUGCAUUUGUUUCUUACAAACACAGCUUUUAGCCUCACAAGACAUUACUGUAUGGACUGGAGUCAUGUGAAUUACUAUUAUUAUUAUUAUACAAAAAUAACACAUUUUGUUCAUAAAAUAAUACAAGCAACUUACCCUCAAGCAUUUAAAUCCUCAAGCCUUUCAUUUUAACAGAAUAUUGGUAAAAUGCUAUAAAUUUCUGUCCACAGAAAUGUUGAACAUAUGCAAAUGUAAAUGAAGAGUUAAUUUGCAAAAACAGAUAACUCCGUUUUUAACCAUUCUCAAAAAUCAUGUUUUUUCAUUGUGCAUUCCAAUUAAUCUCAAUGAAACUGCAAUUGUUUUUUGACUAGGUUAAAAAAUAACAAAAAAAAAAAAUAGCUAACUAACACAAUAAAAACAUGAUAACAUAAUAAAAACCAUGAUUUUUGAAAAUUAUCUGAAAGUUAUCUGUUUUUGCAAAUAAACUCUUCAAAUGUAAAUUAAGUGUACCUACUACCUACACGUUGUGUUUCCAAAUGCAGGUUGAACUAUUAUAAGCUGUAUGUGUGUAAAUGAACUCCACGACAGUCUGUACAGUAUACUUCAAUUAAAUCGCAGCCUUUGAUUUGAUUAUCACAUUUUGAUAAGUCAUAUUUUUAUUUCAUUUUUAUUUAGAUCAACU